CACCAGAACGAUCUAAACAUAAGAUAAUAAUUGUGAGAAAAGUCAUUUUACAGCAAUGUUCAACUGUUCACACUUACAGAGUUGAAUUAUUUACAACUAAAAAUAAUAAAAUGGCUGGUAUUUUUUUUUACCGACUGAGAUGAUAGAAAUACAGCUUGGGGCUGAGUUUUUCCAAAAGCAUUGCAAGCCUAAGCUGGUGGCCAUGGAUCUAUACCAUUCUUACAGCGCUUUUGGGAAACCGAGGCCAAGACUAGUUAGGAUAUUUUACUACAUGUCGCUUCAUUACAUGUGCAAUACAAUGGGUCCACAUAAGGCAGUAUAGCAUUCAUAGAUUCAGAUAGUUCAUUGGUGCUCACUUAUAGUCUUAGAGUUUACAAAGAUUCUCCUUUAAAGAGAUAGAUGAUCUAUUUUGCCUGUAACGCUGGGCUCCUGUCACAAUGGAAGCCUUCUUUAAGUAUCAGGACGCUAUAGACUGAUCAAAUGUUGCAUAUGUCUGCACAUGCCUUCACAAGUUAACUGGGGAUGAUGUGACAGCCCGGAGACUAGCAAUUAUCUGUGGAGGAAGAUGUCUGGCUCACUGAACAAAUGAACAGUUCUUACUCUCAUAGAUAGCGUUAAUAAUAUCAAAAUGGGGAUUUAAAUAUGAUUUUACGUGUCUUGAAUGGAGAGCAUCUGACCUGGCUGAGUGCAUCUUUCACUAUUCUUUCACUAUUGCACUACUUUCACUAUUCUGUGUGCAUCUCCUCUUAAACGUACUUAUCAGUGUAUUCAGUAACACCAUCCACAGACAGGAUGAUUUUUCCAGCAGCUUCAACAGAAAAUAAAGACUUUGUUUGUUUGUUAUUAAUAAUAUGUCAAAUUCCUUACUCUAACUUCUCAUUAAUAGUACUUUCUGAAUAAAAUUAUUUCUAUAAGAAUAGAUAGAUUAAUUCUGAGUCUCAAUAUACGUUUUAUUUAAUACAGACAGUAUAAUUUUAGAUGAUCUAAAACAGGAAAUGUGAAGCUUUCGUUCCCAUUUCUAAUGUUUUGGACGCUUUUAACGUGCAGUGAAGAGUAAAUAGUGAUGCGUGUCCCUUUAAGGGAACUCCACCGCCUCCUUGUGGACACAACUUAAAAAAAAAAAGAAAUUGGUAUACAGUUUUGGGGCAGGCUUGUGUAUUUUUUCCUCGGCUUGUUUUCACUCGGAGUGAGGGAUCGGAGUUGACAAAACAAAUGUGUGCCGUGGAGUCACGGGUCGGUGGAUCGCAGCUCAGGUGGAUCUAGAUGAUGGACACGGAGAAGAGAGUCCAAACGAGCACACGCGGACUACACGGUCGGAUUUCACCGCUGCAUUUCACGAAUCAGUAACAUCUAAACAUUUUCUCAGACUCGCAUGACAACAGCGGUCGGUCACUGGCCGCAGGACAGUGAGUGUCUGAUGCCUAGCUUGAUUUGCUGCCUUGCAGCGAAGUUGCUGUCGCGCUUACCUGUUUAAAUGAGUUUUAAAUGCGUAACGAGCUUUACGUUGGCGAGACCACUUGUUGAAAUCUCACGAAACUAAGUUCGGUAUCGGAGGAAAUAAGAUCGAUUGAAUUUACUAUACGAGUUUUAAGAGUCGAGCGACCGUCGGUUGUCAUUUACAGUUCGUUUGUGAUGCAUCGGUUGUGAUAUUUUGAUUGUCAUAUCGCUCAUUAGCUGGUUAGCUGUCACGGCUGACUUUAUCCUGUAACGUACCUGACCGAGCGAUACCAAUCCAUUACACACACAUUUAGACAGUUAUAUCACCAACUGUCUGUCUCAAUUCAUAAAUAAUGGUGGGCACUUAAAUAUUUAUGCGGAAUAACAAAAACAUACAUAAUUGAAACUGUUCUCGCCAGAAUCUGAAGUCUUUAGCUCGCUAGCUAGAGUCGCUGUUGAACUUGUUUCGUAAAUCCAAGUGAAAUAUUUAAGCUUUUCUGUUUGGCAUUUCACAGUAUUACACAUUUUUUCCCCGUUUUCCCCACGAAACGAAGCAAGAGGUGGUUUAGCGAUGCCGAACGAAACUGUCACAAACGCGUGAAUCUAUUUAGCGAUGUCCAGUUUCCUGACAAACUUUUAGCGCAUUCGGCUCAUCGCCUGAAUGCAAAUAUCGGCGUUAUAAGUACAAAGAAUUCAUAUAUAUUAUCGUUACUUUGCACUUAAGCUCAAUUAAGUCCAUUACGUUGUUUAAUAAUACGGUUUCAUCGCGUUUUCCAGCUCAUUAAUGGUGGCAAAGCUCUUGUCGUUAAAGCGACCUCGUCAAACCUCUGUAAAGGAUCUGGAUCGCACCCUUACACGCUUUUCAGACAUGGAAGGACAACUAAAACACAUUUGACUUCUAUAUCGACAACAUUCAACCGUCGGUUCCCUGCGAAGUUGAUCUCGAAACUCUGCGGCCCAACCAUGUCUGGAUCCCCGGGCUCGAGUGGCUCCAACCCGCGGAAGUUCAGCGAGAAGAUCGCGCUGCACAACCAGAAACAGGCGGAGGAGACGCGGGCCUUCGAGCAGCUCAUGACAGACCUCACCGUCUCAAGGGUGCAGUUCCAGAAGAUCCAGCAGCUCCGUCUGUCACAGAACCGGGCACAGUACUACGGUGGCUCGCUGCCCAACGUCAACCAAAUAGGCAAUGCCAGCACUGAUUUCCAGGGCACUUUUCCCUCCGGACUGGACUCUGUGCGAGGAACCAGACACCAUGGCCUGGUGGAGAGGGUCCAUCGAGACCGCAAUCGGAUCAACUCACCGCACCGCAGGCCCAUUGACAAGCACGGGCGGCAGGCUGAGAGCUCUCCAUAUGGAACCAUGUACCUUUCUCCUCCCCCUGACAACAGCUGGAGAAGGGAGCAACCGCCAUGGACCGAGGAGAAACGACCUGGAUUUAGAUUAAUAUCACAGCUUAACAGAACAAACUCUGACUCAGCUCUGCACACCAGCGCCAUGAGCCCGAACCCACAGGAUCCUUUUGGCAAGAACCAGCAGAUGGGCAGAGGACCUCCUCAGCGAAACGCCAGCAUGAAUGAAGCAGAGGUGGACAGUGCCGGAGAUGUGUUCUCAUUUCCUGCUGUUCCUAAUGAGGAGAAUCUGCUUGGAGUAAAUAAGCCACUGCCCAAACAAUUAUGGGAGGCCAAAAAGGUGCAGUCUCUGUCCUCCCGGCCAAAGUCCUGUGAAGUGCCUGGAAUCAAUAUAUUUCCAUCUCCAGAGCAGAACAUAGGUUUGUCUCACUACCAAGGCACGUUAAACACUGGCGGGUCUCUUCCUGACCUCAGUAACCUGCACUUCCCCUCUCCGCUGCCCACUCCGCUGGACCCCGACGAGGCUGGAUAUCCCAACCUUAGCGGAGGCAGCAGCACCGGCAACCUCCCCGCAGCCAUGAUGCAUCUGGGCAUCGGAAACUCACAAGGGCUGUCAUCCUCUCUAAGCAACCCUUCCAUCCAGGCAUCGCUCACCAACUCUCAGCUGCACUCGUCUCUCAGCAAUCCAUCAAUCCACACGUCUCUGCGUCUGUCCUCGCUGUCCAACCCUCCUCCGACGGGCAUGGCAAGUUCACCCAGGAGACGGCCGGCCCCCAUUAGUCCCCUCACACUCUCUCCAGGGGGUGAUCAGAGGCGAAGCCUGAGCAAGCAGCUCUCCCCGACAAUGUCGCCCUCUCUGUCCCCGAUCACACAGGGGGUUGCGUUGGACACCAGCAGCUUGCCGAUGGAGCCGCCCCCUCCCUAUCCCCUUUACCAGCAGACCCAGCAGCCCCUGCAGCAGCAGCAGCCUCCUCCUCAGUCCCAUCCGUCUAUGCAGCAGAGCUCCCAGCAUCCAGGGGUGCAGCAACGAGCCACCGGUGGCCAGCAGCAGCAACAGCAUCACCAGCCUGUGUCCCCGCUGCAGAAUGUCCAGCUCGACUUUAAUUCCAGCACUCACAACAGCAUGGGAGCAUUUUUCAACGAUCCCUUUAUGGAGCAGCAGUUUUCUGGACGUCAGUCCAAGUGUUCGUCCUAUCAGCAGGAUCAGUAUAAUAUGUUGGAGAAUGUCAUGAGCUCUAUGGCUGGAGGGUUUGACCCUUCCUCCAACCUCUACUGCUCCCAGACCGCCCUCAUGGGCUUGGGUGGUAGCCAUGGCAACCUGCAAGACCAUCUUCAGAUGAGGCCCAACAUGCUCUACUCUAAUUGUGGAGGAGGAGUGCCCAACAUCAUCCUUACAGGUGCGGAAGAUCAGACAGCAAGUCAUUACGACUCCAACCCGAGCCUGUCUAAGGACAUCAGCAGUGUGUUGUCUGCAGUCCCAGAGUGUUUGGACUCGGAAGGAGUUUUUCCCCUGGAGGAUGAACUACGUAUUGAGCCUCUCAGUCUGGAUGGACUGAGCAUGCUCAGUGACCCCGAUAUGGUCCUCCCUGACCCCUCGGUAGAGGACAGCUUUCGCAGCGACAGACUUUAAAGAGCCACAUCAUGCAUGUAUACAUACAAGUCCGUGAACAUGACGACUAAAGCACAGAACCUAUAGCACUCAGACUUCUAUAAGCAUAAAAAAGAUCUUUACAUUUUCCCAAACGCAAAGCUCGCGCAUAAACACUACACGUUGAUGUAAAGUGAAUCAGCACGCUUGCAUGAGUCACCCAGACGCCGUCUCUCGCCGGCCGCCAUUGCUCAGCAUGCUCCAUCUGCCUCCCAAGACACCUCCGUUCGUCGCUUAACAGAUGUGCGAAGCCAAUCAGGGCGCUUCACGCGCGCUUUGAUUUGUAAAGACAAUGAAACAAACAAACAUGAACCUGUCGUGCAUCUACUCCUUGUGCCGAGUGACAAUCAGAACACAGAAGCCAUAGCAAUGCCAAACCGAUGACUGGAUCAGGCUGUUGCAUUGCUGGUCUAUUUCGAAGCCAUGCAACCAAAAGAAUGUGCUUGUUUUACACCUUGCUUUUGGAUGUUAUUAGAAGGUCACAGCGGCUUUCGGUGACAUUUCGAUGGCAGCCCAAAGGAUAGGGGCGGUCCUGAAUGCGGAGACGGUGAGAAGACGAUGAUAAUAUGAUGUGUUACGGAACAGAAGGAGUCGACAGCCGGCCUAAUACCAGCCCAUAUUGAUGCACCAAAUGCUGUGAUACGAGACACCAGCAGGAUGGGUUGAGCUUUCCCCCCUCGCCACGCCACCAGAACUCUUUUUUUUCAGUACAGAAACAGAACAUGUUCGGUAUCCUGAACCGUCUGGUUCGUAGCAGACUAAAUUAACCAGCAGUCUCUGGUGUCACUGCCUGAAGCUUGAAGCAUGCCCUAAGCUAACCGCAUGAUAACGCUGUGGUUUUCUGACCAAUCAGCGAUCACUUUGCUGGCACGUGGGUGAGCCAAAGCCGCUCGUACACGCUCAGUCCGUCCUUCAGAAUGUGGCCAGUCUCCCUUACUCAAGUGACAGAAUUCAAUGAAUCACGCCUCUCCUCCUGCGCAGUCACGUACUAUCGAAAGAGGAGUGUAUAUGAUGUGUACAGAGCGUUAUUUUGCAUAUUUUUUGUAUAAAAGGAAAAAAGAUAAAAGAGAGCUUUGCCACACACACAUAUAUAUAUAUAUAUAUAUAUAUAUAUAUAUAUAUAUAUAUAUAUAUAUAUAUAUAUAUAUAUAUAUAUAUAUAUAUAUAUAUAUAUAUAUAUAUAUGCCUCACAAUUUUCUGUCUGACUAGAAUGUAUUUUUGAAACAGAAAAAGGGCAAACUGUUUACAAAGAUAAAGUUUAAGAACUACGAAUUGUGAGUAGGCGCUGAAAUUUUUAUGAUCUUUGGUAUAAAUCUAAAAGAAAAACCUUUGUAUUUUGCUGAUAUUGAUCCAGUCCAUAGUUAGCGAAUAGAAGCUUUGGCUAUGCAGAUCUUUAGCACAGGACUGUCUCAGAUGGCUGGAACAAUCUAGACCAUAAAAAGGAACUAUUUUACUUGUAUAUUUACUAUAUCUUUGUGCGUAUUUCAGAUUUUAUACAGACUUGUAAUGCGGCUUCUGAUAUGUCAGUUGUAUUUGUACUUGUUUAAUCUGUUCAUGUUCUCUCCCUUCGAACUUUUGUUGUGGACGUCUUCUUUUGUGAACGUUUGUUGUGAUGGUAUUUCCCACCGUUGUUCAGCAUGGGCCCUCUCUCUGCAGCUCUGAUCUUUUUGAGGGGUUUUUACGGGGACAAAAAAAAAAAAACUUUGGGAUUUUUAUAAUGUCAUUAAGAGGUGUGAUUUGUGGACGUGGAACGCGUAUCAUUGUUAUUGCUCAUGUUGAAGUUUGCACUGAUCUGAACAAAAUCGAUCUUUUGGUUUUAAGCAGUAGUUUUGUUUUUUGUUUUUUUUGCAAUGAUGCGAAGAUGUUGGCUCUUUUUUUUUUUUUUUUUUUUUGUGGACUUUUCCGCAUGUCACGCAUGUGAGGACUUUGAAAUGAAUGCAGUAUAUUUUGUGAAUUUCUAGAUUCAAAUGACCAAAUAUUUUGAGAUGAAGAAAGAUAUCUAAAUAUAGCUCAGGAAUGUAUUUUUUCCCCCACCAUAUCGUGAGUGGUUUUAUGUCCAUCUCUUGCCUCUUGACUGCCAGAUCCGGGCAAAAUGUUGCCAGAUUCCCAGAGAAACUGUUAUAACCGAGAUCCAGAGACCCAAAACACACUCUUCUCUCUGUGUUGUUAUCUGUGUAGCUUUCUAUUCCACUUCUGGAGGUUGGUAAUAGAAAACAAUAACAAUGUUAUAUGUGUGCCAUGUCCACAAUAUUUUGUUUUGUUUUGUUUUUGCCAUGUAUUCAUGCAUUCAUCCAGGUCAUUUUAGAGUUUUGAGUUCAAAACCAUUCUUCUUCUUUCUUUUUUUUUGAGUCAAAUCAAUCAAGUCGCUUUUACUAAAAUUCUAAUUCUAUUUGUUUUGCAUUGUUCAUUGUGGUCCAAGUAGGCGAGAAGAGAGGAUGAUUGACACAAGCAGAGAUGUAAGGUGUGGUGACAUUAGCAACAUUUCAUGGGUAAAAGGGUCUAUAUCCCUCUAUGAAGCACGAAAGUCACUUUCAAACCAAGCAUUUUUCUGUUGGGCAGUGCGGGGAAUCUGCGUGACCAACUGCGAAAUCUACUUUUGCCGAAAAUUCCCGAAUGCUCACAUUUCUUUUGAAAUGACUUAAUUUAGCCUAAGAAAAUUAGCCAAACAACGUAAUCGUGACCGCACCUUUUUAAACUUCUGUAUUGAAGUUUUGAUAAAUCUGCUCCCCCCAUGCACAAAAGGCUUUUGCCCCUGCAGCUGCAGUCUCUUAGUUUUGUACCGGCGUUCUUUAGUUCUAAAAGAACCUGUUUAUGAGUGAAGCAGACGGAAGUGUUGCACUGUCGAGCAUGUUUGGCUGCAUUCUGUUUCUGCUGAAAAAGUGUGCGUCUUUUUAUGUAACUAGCAUCUUUUUAUUGUUUCUCAUUCUGUCAUCUUCUCGGUUAACAAUGAGCUUUUUCGUGAAUAUUAACAGUGGCAUCACAUCUUAAGAUGAAACGGUCUGAUGGUUUGUUUUCAUCACUCAUUCUCUCUCUGGGAGGUGUUUUUAAUCUUUUCCUGCCUUAUUCUUGCUCUUGACCACUCGCUGUCCCUCUUGAGUGUACUGUGAUACUUUUCAUUUUAUUUUUUUAUUUUUUUCCAUUUCCAGGCCCUGUGCUCUAAUGGCAAAAAAGGUGUUUAUUGGCUUUUUUUAUGUAGUCUUCAUAAUAAGAUUGUAGUUAUGUUUCUUCUGUUUAUAGAAGGAAUUCAUUUUUCUUAUUAUGUUUUUGUUGUCUUUUUUUUGUCACCUUUUAAGAAAAUGUACAGUUAUAUUAUUUAAAAUAUUUUCUUGUCCACUAGUGUUACUUCCUUUUUUUUUUUUUUUUUGUAAUAUGCCAUAUUAAAAUCUUUCUUUUUCUGAUAUUACAGAUUUACUAAACCAGAGGUUUUUAAUCCUAAACCUAGUUACCCACAGCGGCGCGUAUAUUCUUCAGAUCUUUCUUGUUUAACACCUCUGAUUACAAUUAUUAGAAGAGAUCUGUGAGAGAUUUACAGAAUAUGCACUGCUUUGUGUUUCCAGAACCCAGAUUGAAAACCUCUGUACUACACCACAAGGCUUUGGUUUGUGAAGUAUGUUAUAGUGCUUUCCUUUGAUUUAAUAUAAACAAAUAAAACUCUUUACUGGCUCAGA